AUGGUCGGAGGCUUUGCGCGAGAUGCUCCUAAGGGGUUCGAGAACUUCAUCCAGAAGGUAGCCAUUAUAGAAGCUGGCGGUAACAUUGGGAAAGCCAUCGCAGAGGAACUUCUAAAGACAGGGAAGCAUACAGUGACCGCAAUCACGCGUAAAGAAAGCACCAGCUCCCUGUCGAAUGGUGUCAAAAAGGCUUUUGUCGAUUACGAGGACAAAGAGUCUUUGGUCGCAGCUCUGAAUGGUCAAGAGUUUCUCGUCAUCACGCUUUCACUAAGCGCUCCUCCGGGUACUCACACGUCUCUGAUUCAAGCUGCCGCCGAGGCAGGCGUUUCAUACGUCAUGCCCAACGCCUACAAUAUCAACACACACAGCGCAGCCAUCAGGAAGGACAUUCCAAUCACGAACGCCGUCAUGGAAAACAUCGCCGAGGUUCAGAAAGCGGGCCUAACUUCGAUUACGCUGAUGAACGGGUUUUGGUACGAGUACAGCCUCAUCGCAGGCCCGGCCACCUUUGGAUUCGACUUGAAGAAUCGCACGAUUACUUUGUAUGACGACGGCGAACAAGCUAUCAAGGUCGCUACAUGCGCGCAAUGCGGUCUCGCCGUAGCAUCUGUCUUGAGCCUGAAGAUCAUCCCCGAGGAUGCCGAUGAUAAGUCGAUAACCAUCUCUCAAUUCCAUAACAAGACUGUUUUUGCCUCAAGCUUCAACAUUAGCCAGCAUGACAUGCUGGAGAGUGUCAAACGAGUGACAGGGACAGUCGAUUCUGACUGGAAUAUUGAUCAUGAGACCACCCAAAAGAGGUACAACGACGGUCUUGAAGAGCUGAAGCAAGGCAAGCAAGAGGGCUUUUAUAAGUUGAUGUACGCUCGUGUCUUCCAACCGACCGAUGAUGCGGACUUCUCUUCUGACAACAAUCUUCUGAGGCUUCCAAUCGAAGAUCUGGAUGAAGCUACACGCACUGCCAUGUUAAUGUAUACUGCUUAA